AGCUAAAUCCGAUGGUGACUGUAAUAAAUCAGAAAAUAAACAUAACAAAUCAAUGAAACGGUGAAACAUUGGAAGCGUUAACGGGUUUAAAAGGGCGGAGGAAUAAUGGAGAAUAUUCAAAAUCUUCCCAUCGACAUACAGACCAGCAAGCUUUUAGACUGGCUGCUGGAUCGACGGCACUGUAAUAUAAAAUGGCAGAGUGCCAUAAAAACAAUCAGAGAGAAGAUCAACGCAGCCAUCCAGGACAUGCCAGAAAACGAGGAGAUCAAGCAGCUUCUCUCCGGCUCCUACAUUCACUACUUUCACUGCCGGAGGAUCGUGGAGAUUCUGAGGGGAACCGAGGCUUCGUCGAAGAACAUCUUUGGCAGAUAUUCGUCUCARAGAAUGAAGGACUGGCAGGAGAUCGUGUCACUUUAUGAAGCAGAUAAUGUUUAUUUGGCGGAGGUGGCCAGCUUGCUGUUUCGUAACGUGAGCUACGAAGGUCCAGCUCUGAGGAAGCAGCUCGCCAAAGCUCAGCAGCUCCAGCAGGAGCUCAGCAGGCGGGAGGUGGAGUGUCAGAGUUCAGCAGCCGAGCUGAGGGAGCGCUACUACGACGCCUGCAAACAGUACGGGAUCACGGGUGAAAAUGUUCCACGAGAGCUGCAAGCCCUGGUGAAGGAGUUACCAGAUGUCCUGGAGAAGGUCGGGAAGGACGCUGCAUGGUUGGAGGAGCAGAUUCAGCUUUAUGCUGCUUUCACAAACUUUGUCUGUGACUGGUCUGAACCAGUCCUGCCGGUGCUGACGUUUGUCCAGAAGAKGGGGAACGUAACCUUUUACGAGUGGAGAACGGGGAAAGUCCCGAUGGUUGUGGAACGCCCGGCCGUGGAGGACACGCCUCCUGAAGCUGUGACCCAAGACGCGAUCGACUGGGGCGACUUCGGGAAGGGAGCAGAGGAUGUGGGCGUGAACGCCGGUGUCGCGGUUGAGGAUGGAAUAGAUUGGGGUGUCAGUCUGGAGCCGCCACCUGGGGACGCCGAUGCAGGCGGCAUUGAUUGGGGCGACGGUGACGCAGCUCCAGUAGAAAUUGAAAUUGUAGAUGCAGGCACCCAAUGUCCUGAGGGUGUAGCGAGGGGGGAGGACGCUCUGAGUUUACUGGAAAWCUCUCAGUCACGCAGCCAGUUCAUUGAUGAGCUCAUGGAGCUGGAGGCGUUCCUCACGCAGCGCAUCAGCGAGAUGGGAGAGGAGGGGGACGUGGUGGCCAUGAGCCAGUUCCAGCUGGCCCCCUCCAUCAUCCAGAACCAAACCCGUGAACACGUGAGGGACAUGCUGUCCCAGGUGCAGGACCUCCUGGGCCGGCUCACCUCGCUCCGGAUGCAGCACCUGUUCAUGAUCCAGGCCUCCCCGAGGUAUGUGGAGCGYGUGUCAGAGAUGCUGAGGCAGAAGCUGAAGCAGGCAGAUAUUCUGGUGCUGAAAGCUGCCGCGAUGGCUGAGAGGAGGCAGGAAACCUUACAGGAGCACUCCAGGCUGGAGCCUCAUGUCAACCUGCUGGCAGGACGCACCCGGGAACUCCAGAAACUGAUCGAAGCCGACAUUUCAAAGAGAUACCACAGCCGACCAGUCAACCUGAUGGGGGUUAAUAUUUAGUGUACUCUGCAGAYGUACGCAAAAAUAUUUUGUUAUAAUCCACAAAGUCAAAUAAAAAUAGUAUUUAAUUUCAACUUGAGUGGUUUUGUAAACUGCAGCUCAAUUAAAGACUUAUAAAAUAAAAAAAUGCCAUUUACUAA